UUCAUCACCAUCACCGCAGCUAUAUAUCCCACGGCACCACCGCCUUUAUAAAGACAGGCUCGACCUGCACUUGGCGUUCUUCUUCGACUCGAUCAGUUCUUCUGGAGUGAAACCUGAUCAGCUCGGGCUAUAGGCUUGGGCAUGGCUGGAGGAGGUGAGACGAUGGGGCUGGGAGGGCUGUGGAGGAGGUACGCGCCGCACAACAUGAUGAUCAUGGUGCAGCUCUGCUACACCCUCAUGUACUUCGUCACCGAGGCCGCCUUCAACCGCGGCCUCAACCCCUACGUCUACGUCACCUACCGCCACCUCCUCGUCGCCCUCCUCCUCUGGCCCUUCGCCUACUACCACGAGAAGAAGCUCAGGCCCAAGAUGACCUGGAUGCUGUUCCUGGAGAUCUUCGUGCUCUCGCUUCUGGGGGUGAGCUUGACCCUGAACAUGUACUUCGCGAGCCUCAAGUACACGUCCCCGACCUUCGUCACCUCCAUGGUCAACACCGUCGCCUCCAUCACCUUCGUCAUCGCCAUCGCGCUCCGGAUGGAGAUCGUGGACCUGCGCAGCGCGCGGGGGCUCGCCAAGGUGGCCGGCACCGCGGUGUCCUUCGCGGGGGUCACCACCAUGACGCUCUACAAGGGCGCGGCCAUCGCGAGCCCCUGGAGGGCGCCCGUGCGCAUCCCCGGCGCCGGCGGCGACGCCCCGCACGACGCCUGGCUCAAGGGGUCCCUCCUUGCCGUCGCCAGCUGCGUGUGCUGGUCCGUCUGGUACAUCAUGCAGGCCACGUCCGUGAAGCGCUACCCGGCGGAGCUGUCGCUGACGGCGUGGAUGGCCACCGUGGGCGGCGCCCAGUCGGCGGCCUUCGCGGUGCUGCUGCAGCACGAGAGGCGGGACUGGCUCGUCGGCUUCGGCCUCAACUUCUGGUGCAUCAUCUACUCCGGGCUCGCGUGCAGCGGGUUCACGGUGUUCGCGCAGCUGUGGUGCACGGAGAAGAAGGGGCCCGUGUUCGUCACCAUGUUCAACCCGGUGUCCACCAUCAUGGUGGCCAUCCUCGCCUACUUCAUCUUCGGCGAGAACCUAUACGUCGGAAGCAUAAUCGGGGGAGUGGUGGUCAUCCUGGGCCUCUACAUGCUGCUCUGGGGCAAGGACAAGGACCAGGAGUACAACAACGCAGGAGCAGCGGCGAGCGGCGAGGAGCAGGCCGGCGAGCCCGGUCUGGACUGCGAGAAGCAGCGACAGGAGGAACAAGAGGAGACCAAGACGAUGAAGUAGGAUAGGAGGAGGGGUCAGAAUUGCCUGCCAUCCGUGUGCAUGCCGUCCAGAAGAAGUUGCCUGCCUGAACCAUGAUUCUGCAGUUGUUAUACUUUUUUCUUAAAGAAAAAACACAAUUCUGUAGUU